AUUAUGACAGCAUCUAAAUAUUUUUGUGAAUCACACAUAUUUUUGUAAAAUAAAUAGCCAGUUAGAAGAAGGACUCGGAAUUUGUAUAGCAGCUGAUGUGUAAAGAUGGCCAAGCUCAAUACAAACAAAUAGUGAUCAGUGACGUGCUCAUUUUACGACUGACUCUGUACCUAGGGGGCAAAUGAUAAACAAAUUUAUUUUGUUACACAUUAAAAAAUGGCUUAUGAUACACGUAAUAUAAAAUAUUCAUCUGAAAUGCACAACCAUCAACAUAAUCAACCUAAUAUGACUGGAUAUACAUAUUCUGGACAUCCAGUAUCACAUGCUCAACAUACAGAUGAAAAUAGAAAUGAAAAUAAUUGUGGAAAUAAGGAAACAUGUUCUCAAAUAUCUCAUCAAUCUUCGGGUACACAGACUAUUCAAAAAGUAGAUGCAGCAACCAUGACUGAUCCAUUACAAAUAGAUUUUAGACUUACUUCUGAAUAUUUAGCACGAUGUUCUAGUACAUUAGGUUUACCAUAUGUAACUAAAUAUGAAGAAAAUAGCAAUAAUUCAACUCAUAAUUGUCAAGAAAUUCGACCGAAAAUUGAAUUUGAAGUUGAACCACAACAUAUCAAUGGUAUGUUAAUUUAUCAUUGUCCAGAAUGUGCAUAUAGAUUUGAAGACAGAGAAGCGUUACAUGAACAUUUAGAGGAUCAUAGACAACGACCCCACAUCUGUGAUAUUUGUGGUGCAAGUUUAAAACGCAAAGAACAUCUAGAUCGUCAUAAACAAGGACAUAAUAAAGAUAGGCCUUAUCAGUGUAAUAUGUGUUGCAAAGCAUUUAAACGCAAUGAACAUCUUGCACGUCAUAUGAUUAUUCACUCUGGUAGCAAAAAUCAAGUUUGUACAGAAUGUGGCAAAGCUUUUUAUAGAAAGGAUCAUUUAAAGAAGCACUUGCAAAGUCAUAAUACUAGUAGAAAUAAAAACUUAAAUAGUUCACAAAAUAAUCAAAAUAGUCAUAAUAAUGGCGAUGAAGGAUUAAGUAGUUUUGCAAUGAUGAUGAGACAAACUGGGCCACCUCCAUUUUCUAUUUUAAGAACUUAAUACAUUUUUAUCUUAUUAAAGUUGUUUUAUAAUUUAGGCAAUUUAAAUUUAAGAGAUUGAUACAGCGAGCUUUAUCAGAGACAUUUUCAUGAUAUAACAGAAUAGUUGUUAAUUGUUCUGAAUUUUGCAGUUAUUUAUAUAUAUAUGUAUAUAUAUAUAUAUAUAUAUAUAUAUAUAUAUAUAUAUAUAUAUAUAUAUUAAUUUGAAAAUGCUAUUUACAUGUAGCAAAAGAAGACAAACAGGCUCUAAAAUAAUUCUGUAAAUUUUAUAUUUCUCUUUUUAAUAUGCUUCUAAUAUGCACAAUAUUCUUAAAGUAAGAAUGUACCUGUUAAGAGCAGUUCUUUGAAAUAUAAUAUAUAUAUUUAGAUACUUUAAACAAUUUUAUUUAAAAAAUAUAUUUAUAUAAAUUAUUUAAGAAGCUUUUAUAUAUAAAUUACAACUGGAUAUAAAAACUAGGUACUGUUAUUUUUUUUUUAACUUUUUAAAAUAACGUUUGAAAUAUGGAAAUAAAAAAUAGAUUAAUAAUAGAAUUUUUAGUUUCAAAUUUAAAAAAAAGAAAUAUAUCUUAUUGUAUUCUAAAUUAAAAGCUUUAAAAGAUCAGCUUUUAAAUAUUUUUUCUUUUAAGAAAAAAAUAAUAUAAAUACUUUAUAAUGCAAUACAUAAAUAAUUUUUUUUAUGCUCAAGAUAUUAAAAAAUAUAUAUAUUUAAAUUUGUAUAUUUAUUAUAUAAAAAGAGAAUAAGAAUACAUGAUUUUGUUUUCUGCUAAAAUAACGGUAUCAAUCAUCUUGGAUCAUGUGCCUAAGAAAAACAGCAUAACAUCUAUCUUUGCACGUAUUUAUGAAAAGGAAAUAUAAAAUUAACAUUAAAAAUAGUUUAUAAUCAAUAAAAUACAUUUUGUAGUUCUAACUGGAAAGGAACAUUGCAUAAAGUUACAUACUUAACAAAAAGUAAAAAGAUUUUAAAAUAUAAAAUAAAUGUUUUAUAUCUGUUAUAUUAAUUAUAAUGUAAUUUUUAGCUUUUUUCUUUUAUUUAUAUAUUUUUAUUCUAUAUAUUUUAAAUUGUAAAUAUACAGUAAAUAUAUUUAAUCUUCUAAUUUUUUAAAAAUCUUAGCAAUGUUCCUUAAUAUUUUUGAUCUUGCAAUGAAUAUAAAGAUAUGUUAUGUUAAAUAAUUUAAUACUACAGUUUUACAUUGCGCGAAUGUCAAUGUAUGUGUGCGUUUUAGUGCAUGCGUGUGUUAUAUGCAAAUGUAUAAAUAUGCGUAUAAAUAUGUGUAAUAUGUAUUAUAGUAAUACAUUAUAUAUUAUACGCAUAUUUAUACAUAAAAUGUUACGUCAAAUUGCUCCUGUACAUUAUUUAUAUUUAUCAAAAAAAACCGAUCAUAUAUAUCGGCUUAUUAUGUAAUGCUUCCAAGGUGUACAUAAUCGGAUAUAUUAUACAAAACAUGGUUAAAAAAGAUCAACGUUUUGUUAUCAAUUGUAGUAAUUGCAAUUAAACUAAUAAAUCAUUAUUACAUAAAAUUAUAAAUUGUUGCAAAUCAAAUCAUAAUACUUCAUAAGAAAAAUCCUUAUUUCAUAUGUAUCUAAAUAUAUAAAAUCGAAUUUCAAAUUGUGUAAUUUUUAAUAUAUAUAUAUAUAUAUUUCUAUUAUAUACUUAUAAUACACACAUACACGCGCGCGCGCGCACACACAUACACGCGCGCGCGCGCACACACACACGCGCGCGCACACACGCACAUGCAUAUAUAUAUAUAUAUAUAUAUAUAUACAAAUUUUAUGUCAUAAUAUAUUUCAUAUAUAUUUUUGUAUUUUUAUUUUAGAAAAUAAAGUUAAUGAGAUAUCAAAACUUCCUUUUGAAUGCAUAAAGAAAAAUAAAUAAUGAAGAAAGAUAAAGAUUGAGUAAAAAUUCAAGAAUUAAUGCCAUCUCUAAAAUGUUGCAAAUGAAAUACAAAUAGACAAAUAAUAAAAUAAAGCAAAUAAUAAAAAAAAAAAUAGAGAUAUGAUAAAAAUUCUGGAAUCAGUGCUAUUUCUAGAAUGCAGCAAAUAAAACACAAUAUAAAUAAAAAAUUAAAUAAUAAAAAAAAAGAUAUAAAUAUUAGCUCUCUUAAAUAUCAAAAAUAUCUCUUCAAAAAAUUAUCUUUCCGAAAAUAUAUAAGAGAUGACGCUAACAGUCAAUUCUUAUUUUAUUUCUAACUUAUUAUUUGUUUUCUUUGUCAUAUUUGAGUUUCAUUUGUGAUAAUCUAGAGAUGGCGCUGAUUCCAGAAUUUUUAUUUUAUUUCUAUCUUUCUUUCACUAUUCAUUCUUUAUAUUUAUUUUUGAUAUUAUUAUAUAGAAUAAAAUAAGAUAAAAUAGAAUAUACAGAAUAUAGAUAAUAUAAAUAAAUAGGAUAAAAUCAUAAAAUUGGAUAAAACAACAUUUAUAUAUUUCAUCAAAUUUUAUUCAUACAUAUAUCUAUAGUACGAUAUUUCAUAUCCGAAAAAAAUUUGUUUUUUUUUCAAUUAUAUCCUGAUAGAGAAUUGUGAAUUCGAAAAAUUUUUGCUAGUUGAAAACUUUAAUUUUAUAUUAAGAAAAUAUAGUUCAAAAAAAAUGACAUUCAAAAGUUUUCUAUUUAUUUUAAGAAUAAAAAUUAAAAUAAAUUUAUAUAUUAUAUAUGAUUAAGAAUACGAAUUUUUAUCAAUUUUACCAAUUAAAUCAAAAUCACAAUCUUUAUUUUAUAAGUAAUUAUUAGGAUGAGGAGAAAAAAGGAAUUAUGAACAAUAAAAAUUAGCAUAUUUUUUUAGAUGACUUUUCAUACAAUUAAUAUAUAUAUAUAUAUAUAUAUAGAUAUAUAUUAUAUAUAGGAUAUUACAUAAAGCAGCAUUGGGAAAUGUCCGAAAAAACGUUCACAAACUUUAAACUUCUAUCCUCGCAACCUAAAUUCGUCUGUCUGUAUUUUUUUAUAUCUACAUUCCUCAUUUAUACGUUUCCCCUUCUCAUCUACUACAUAUGUUUUGCUCUUUUCAUUUGUCUCAAACUGUGUAUCUCUUUCUUCGUUCUACAUUCCUGAAGAUUAGAUACAUGUUUCUUAUGCAUUCUAUACAAAAAUAAAACGCUGAGAUCAUCAGAGGGUCUGCAUAGCUCUACAUAAUUUCUUUUAUUAGUUUUUUUUUCUAUUUUUCAUUUUCUUUCUGUUCUCUUUUCUGUUCUUUUACUUUUUGAUUAAUGACGAAUGGUAUUAUUUUACUCUUUCCUUUGUACCCUGGAAGACUGCGGUACAAAUGUUUCAAUGAGGAAUAAACAAAAAGAAUAAUAAAUAAAGAAAAGGAAUAUGAAUAUGUAGAUUCGAACAAAAGAUAACUUCUACAAAUAUCCAAGUAAAAUAAAUUUAUAAAUUCGACUUAAUAAUUUUCCCUUUCUUCCUCUUUUAUUAUCUAUCGGAUGUCCGGAAAAUCCACAACCAAAAACACAAUCUUAGUUUCAAAAAUGAAUGAAUCUAAGUUGAAGAAUAAAUGAAUUUCGUUCGAAAAAACAUUGUUCAUUGACGUUAUGUCUACAUUAAAUGCUUCUUGUUUCUUUUUUUAAUUUGAAGCUAUUAAUAACCGCAAUUGUGGCAGUAUCUAUUUACGCAUUUUAAAUAUACAGUUUGUUAUGAUACACUAUAUAGUAAAAAUAUAUGAAGAACAUAUCAAGAUAUUUAAUAAAUACAUUUUGGAAAUGAGAAAAAUACAAUUUAGUUUAAGAUAUCGUUCCCAAAAGUUCAAGUUUUCAUAAACUUAAGAUAAAUCUUAUUCUUAUUAAGCUGCAUUGAAAUUAAUUCUCAAAGUACUAUUUGGUUUAUAUAAAAUAUUCGUCAUUCAUAAUUUGGCUAGUUUAUUAUAAAAGUAUAUAUACUUUGCUAAUAUCUGAUCGGUCGCAAUGUAAAGACCUUGCACUAUUUCAAUCUAUAAAACGUCAGCCUUUACAGUUUCAUAAAAAAUUGUAAGAAUAUUUUUCUUACGGAUUUUUAGUAUUGCGUUUGUGUUUAACAAAAAAUGUCUCUUAAAAAUUUUUAGAUUAAUUGUGUACACGAUCUGUUGGAAUCCUUUGCACCUAUAUUUCCGAAUAAAAAAUUACGAUAAUAAGAAAAAGUGAAAAAAGAAAAAAGAAUAUUAACAAUAUUCUCUCUUAUACAUUUCCUCUAUUUUUUUAAAAUGUAAUUUUAAAUUAUUAAUUUUUAUUAUUAUUUCCAAAUAAUUUAAAUAUUCCAAAUAUCUUAAAUUUUCGAAGUAAAUUUAAUUACAUAAAGAAAAUAAGAUUUACGAGUGCAGAGGAUUAAAAGCAUUAUUAUUAUAACAAUCCUAAAAUAUUAUCGAAUAUAAUAUUAAAAGAAAGCAUAAAAAGAAGAAUAAAUUAUUUCGUUGCGUCGCGGACUCUCCGGCUACUCGGUAGAUGUCUAUUAUACGCAUAAUGACUUAUGUGCAAUUGCGUACUUAUUAUAUUCCUAGGCUAUUGGAAAAAGAGGAGUUUAAAUGCUUUGUACUAUGUCGAGGAAUUUGUAUAUCUUUCCAUAUUUUCCUUCUGUCGUUACUCGCCUGUUGUGCUGACGUCUUUGUUUGAAAAACCGGUAAUCACAUUUACGCACACGCGCACAGAGCUCACGCAAAAAACGCAGCACACACACAUACGUACACACACACAUACACAUACACACACACACAGAGCAUGUCCACAGGACAGCCGAGAAACUGAAUCGCGGCAGCUGGAUUCUUCGAUAAAAUAUAUAUACGUAAGAACAGCGCCUAUUGGUUCAUGCAAAACUUCUCUCUUGCUUUUAUGCUCUAGUUUCUUUAUAUUAUCCUUUGUUUAUCUAUAAUUUUUUUUUAAAGAUUUAUUAUGAUUAAUAAUCGAUUAAACUAUAUUUCUUUUCUUUGAUUGAUGAAAUACGUAAAUAAUUUAAUUUAAAGAAAUUAAUGUUAGAGAUUAAAAACAAAUUUUUCUCAGAAUUUAAAUAUAUAAAUAAUUUUUAAAUUUAUAUGUUGUGAAAAAAGAAUAAAGUUAGAUUAUAAAAGAUCGUGUACAGUUAUUCUAACUGUGUCUAAGAUUUGUUAAAUAAUCUAUUCAGUGAAUUCUAUAAAAAAUUAUGCUUCUUUCGAGAAAUCAUUAUUUUAUUUUAUUCGAAAACUGUGAAUUUUUACUUAUUUAUCUUAAAUCUAUCCUUCUUUCUUCUUUUUCUACUUUUUCAAUUCUUGUAUUUACAAGGAAAAAAGUGCACGAGAGAAUGCUUCGACUCUGUUCUAAAUAUAAUGCGCGCAUCUCAAGUUUCAUUACAUUGUACUUUUUUCCCUUUCUUUCAUGUUUUUUUUGCACUUUUACAUUUUUGCAUGAACCAAUUGAAAUUUGUAGCUCGCGUGUGAAGUAAAUUAUUAUUCUUCACAACGAGAUUAUUUUAUUAAAUCGAAUUUGUUUUCGGCUCUAUUCUGGAUUAGUACGAUUAAGUUUUUUUUUUCGACAUUGCGUAGAAAAAUAUGGUUUUCAUUGUCAUCUUCAUAUCUCUCAGUGAAUCGCGUUUGAUUUAUAACAAACUGUUAUUUUUUAAAUUUUUAGAUUUUUUUUUCUUUAUCUUCCCUGUUCGAGCAAUUACAUUUGUCUGAAAUUAUUUGUUGAAAAUAAUAAAUUUUAUGUAUAAAUCAAUGCUCGAAAUUGCAUUCAAAAUUAUCCAUAAAUAUAAAAUUAGUAAUUUUUAAUGAUGAUACAGUUUUUAACAAUCGAAAGAUAUUAGGAUAAAUAAAACAUUUCAUUUCGAGCAAUGAUUAUUUUCAAACUUAUUACAGAAAUAGAAUUUGAUUAUCUAAUCGUAUCGCUGUAAAUAAUAGUAUACAAAUGAUACAAAAAAGUAAUAAUAAUAAUAAUAAUAAUAAUAAUAAUAAUAAUAAUAAUAAUAAUAAUAAUGUUAUUAAUCGCAUAAUCCUCUAUAGCUUAAUAUAUUAUUAAAGUAAAACACUGAGCUUUUUUAGAUCAAGAUUUUUAACGUUUUAAUAAUUUUAAUAUUUCAUAUUAUUCUAGUAAUUCAUUUCAAAAGUUAUGACAUGUUCCUUCUAUUAAUUAAAAUCUAAUCUAUAGAGGAUUAAAUAAAUUGAGCAUAAAAAAUAUUUUUUACUAUGCAAAAAACAAAUUGUAUAAAUUUUUACUAGAAUUUUUUUCUCAAGAUUUAAGAUGUUUCCUUUAUAUCUUUUUUUUCUCACAGUUUCAAGAAAUUGCAAAACGAGAUUUUACGCGAACUCAAUCCGUUAUUAUCAUUUUGUUAUUUUUUCACUAUUCUCUCGCUCUCGGUUGCAACUCACUCGUAAUUUCUUUCUUUCAUUCUCUUAGCUCGUGCAAAUUAGGCAAUAAAGGCCUAUAUCUUAUUACUACUUAUGUUCUAUAAAACGCGAUAUUUAUACUUGUUUAAUCAUUAGACACUACUAUCUAUUACAAGAACAAAAAAAAAAGUAUCUGGCCAAUAUUAAAAUUAGGGUGUAAAUUAAAUGGUUUUUAAUCAUCUCAAUCUGAGAAACAGAGUUUCUACUUUCGGCAAUCUCCUAUAAUUCUUUUUUCUAAUCAUGAUAUAAAGAAAAUUAUCUACACAAAUUUAAUAUACAAAAAGAAUAAGUACAAAGUGUAUACAUGGCGCUACAAGAAAAGUUUUAAUGUUGAAAAAUAAAAAUAAAAAUUCUAUUCGAAUAAUAAAUUUUUAAUUUUCUUUUUUAUGCUUGACUCGUUUAUCAAAAAAUAUUGUAAAAAAGAAAAAAAAAGAGAAAGAAAAAAAACAGAAAAUAUUUUAAUUGAAACAGAAAAAACUAAAUCCAAAAAAUGUAUUUCUUUAUUCUGUUUACUGUCAUUCCUUUUUUGUCUAUUCGUUUCGAUCACUUUUUUUUCUUUUCUUUUUAAAAACACAUCUUCCUUUUAUUUCAAUCUUUCAAUCAAAUCAUCAUUUUUCGCAUUAUUAAAAAAUAUUUCAUCUUCUUCCUCUCUCGAUCGCCCGUUAAACCGCUUUUCGUUCAUAUCUUUUUAAUUUGUUCGCAUUGCAAAAAAGAGUAUUUCUAGCAAUAAAAAUGAGCAAAAAAAAUUACAAACGGGAGAUGAAAGAGGAAAGGAGCAUACACAAGGUGUUCCGAAAAAAAGCUAUGCACGAGGCCAUUUUCAUGGACUUUGACUUAAUAAGGUGGAAAAAUGCAGAUGCGGUUAAAGUCCAGCGCUAUGCAAAGGCACCGGAGAAUUAUUAUUUUUUUUUUUCUUCCUUCUUUAGAGACGCAUUAACUAUUUUAUUCUUUCAUUUUGUUUCUCUUUCUCAUUUUUUUUUUCUCUAGGAACACCAACUAUGCCUAUUAUCUCGACGAAAUGGUCGGUUUUAAAAUAUUAAAGGAGACAAACUGUCCGUUUCGUCGAGUGUGGAAAUAUCAGGUUUUUUUCUCUCUUUUUUUUUUUUUGGCUACUCUUGAAAAUAGACCGCUUCUUGAGCCUCUCAUUUGUUUAAUUCUCUCAAAAAAAUUGUAUGUCAAACUUCUGAAAAAUCUCUCUCGCUCUCUCGCGCGCGCGCUCAAACUGUUUUUAUUUUAAUAAAUCAUAAAGCUAUUUAUCUCAUUAUUUUUUUUUUUCACAUCGAUUUCCUGUUUCGGAAAAAUUUGAUAUCUUUCUCUCUCACAGUAUGUAUUAUAUAUAUACAUAUAUAUAUAUAUAUACAUAUAUAUACAUAUAUAUACAUAUAUAUACAUAUAUAUAUAUAUAUAUACAUAUAUAUACAUAUAUAUACACAUAUAUAUACAUAUAUAUAUAUACAUAUAUAUACACACAUAUAUAAAAUUAUAACUACACACAUGUCAACAUUUUUUUUUUGUUUAAUUUCUCACAGACUUUUUUUUUUUCUCUCAUGUUUUCAAUUAUAUUAUAUUAUAUUAUAUGCACGCAUAAAACACACGUAUACAGAUGCAUACGUUCCAACGCGCGCGCGUACACGUUCAGAUACAAACACACAUACUUCUUUUACACUUUUUUUUCAAUUUCCAAUUUAUAUAUCGUAAUAAUCUUAUUUUUUUUUCUUUUUGUAUAUAAACUUAUUGCCUAAACAUAUAAUCUAAGGUGUACUCUCUGUUUCUCUCUUUUCUUUUUUUCUUUUUCAUAAUUACAAAUACAUGACGGUGGAGUAUUUUAAUACAACUCAUUCUUAUAUAAUUGUGUGUGUGUGUGUGUGUGUGUGUGUGUAUGACUUUUGUAUAUAAUAUUUUA